UAGGUGGAACUAACACCCGUCUUUGGCCUGUUUUAUGACUCGAUUCAUAUUAUUUCCGGAUCCCUUGAGUGUCAAAAACCAUGUUCGUUGCUCUCUGCCUCAUCUCUUGUACACUAUCAAUAUAUUGCUGUCAGCCUUACCAAGAAAUAACUGAUAUUAUCGAAAGUGACCAGCCGCCGCAAUCAGCAGUGAUAUUUCUUCAUGGAACUGGCGAGAGCGGCCGACUGAUGAGGGAGACCGUGGAAAGUCAUAUCGGCAGUUUGGCUCAGUAUCCAUCCAUCCGUUUUAUCUUCCCUACGGCAAAAGCUGUCCAGUUUCAUCCUUUCCCCUGGAAUGGACAGAUAACAACGUCAUGGAUCGCUGCCAAUAAAGCCGCUAUUGACUGCGAAGUGAACUACGAAGUUUUAGACAGUUCAGCAGGUAUGAUAGAAAAAUGGAUUCAAGAUCAGGUUCAAUCAGGAAUUCCACAAGAGCGUAUUUGCGUUGUUGGCUACUCUAACGGAGGGAUAAUGUCUCUCAUUUAUGGAUAUGAAUAUGCUAAAAAACUUGGCUGCGUAGGAGCUAUAGCAGGUUUUCUACCAAGAAAAACUUAUCUCAGUCUGAACGUUUCCAGUGGAGAAAAUCAAAUUAAAAGAGAACUGUCGCCUCUUUACUUAACUGGAGCAGAGUAUGACUUUAUAGUUGCUCCAUCAUGGGUUAAGGAAACAGCGGAAUUCUACAAAUCGAUGGGUGUGCAAGUCGUCUACAAUCAUCAGCCAACAAAAUCACACUUCAUCAACACGGAAGCACUAGACGGACUCUUCAAAUUCAUUGUACAGACUAUUACAUGAAAGCGAAUAAUAAAUAAUUUAUAUGUAUUAUAGGUAAUUCCAGUAAUAUCUUAGUAGUAAAUAGGUGUGUUAAAUAGUUAUUAUGCUAUGCAUCUACCCCAUAUAAUCUAGAAAGAUACAUUUAUUCGUAUUACAAUCAGAUACGUUUACUUCUUGAUGAACAAAGAUAAAACUCCACAGCUAUGUAACGGAGUGAUUGUUCCAACUCAUUUAUCUGUUUUAAACUUUAGCAAUUUUAUAACUUGUACCAUACAAUAGUAGUAAUUGAGUUUGACAACCCAGA